UACCAGGAAAGGCAGAGCCUUGUUUUCAUGGUGGCUCUGGGCCCAGGCAACUUCCUUCUCCCAGGGACUUCGGAGUUGGUGCCCUGCCUGCCAACAAGAGGAAGCCGGUGUCCCCGGGAGAGCCUGGAGCAGGCGCUGAGAAGGGCGGUGAGCUUGGGGAAGACCCCCCCACACACACACACACUCCUGCUGAGGUGUCUGGGUACCACACAGGGGCCAAAAUGAUGGGUGGCUGCCCAAGGACCCACUGAGGCACAGAUUCUUCAGAGUCCCUUACUGAGAGCCAGGCAUGCGUCUGUGGGACCCACAUUCCUCGGGGAACAGACACUGAAAAUGGAGAGAUGUGUGAGCUGAGGAUAUGGACGCAGAGCGAGAAGCCCUGCAAUGCUCCGCCUACCCCGAAGUGCAGAGCUUCUGUGGGAAACACGGCCUGACAUUCGAGGUGGUUGAUCUGAGGUGGGGUGUCCCGAACACACAGGCCACUGACCACUUGACCACAGAACUCUGCUUAGAAGAACUUGAACGCUGCCAGAAAACAUCCAUAGGACCAGCUUUUGUGGCUCUCCUGGGCGACCAGUACGGCCCCUGCCUGGUUCCCCGACGGAUCGAGGAGAAAGAGUGGGAGGCGCUAAGGGCCCAGCUCACCUCCAGGCCUCGGGAUCUGGAGCUGGUGGCCAGGCAUUUCCGGAGGGACGACAACGCCAUCCCCCCAACCUACGUGCUGCAGCCUCCGGGCUCCGUGGAGGCCCCAGGGCCCGAGGAGGCCACCUUGACCUCUGUCCUGCGAGGCGGAGCCCAGGAGGCCUGGAGGCUGGGCCUCAUCAGCCAGGAGCAAUGGAAGUGUUACAAUCGAUCAGUCAUUGAGUGGGAGAUCGAGCAAGGCCUCCUGAGCUCAGCACAAGGGGACCAGGGAGCGACCAUCUUCCUGAGAGAUGUACAGGACCUCAGUAAACACAUUUUGGACGAUUGUUCUCUGAAGAUGGUGGAUCGGCUGGCGGAUGGCUGCCUGGACACCGGAGCCCAGAGUCUUCUCAGUGGCCUUAAGGAACGAAUACUGGAAACCCAGCCUGGAGCCCUAAAGUCCCACCGCCUGCCCUGGAGCCGCGACCUGGUCAAUCCCAAGAACAAGGCUCAUGCCCGCUACCUGAAGGAGCUGACUGAGCAGUUCGUGGCCAGGACCAACCAUCAGGUCCUGGAGCAACUUCGAGAGCUGGAGUCAGCCAGACAGGAGCUGGGCUGGCUCUACCAGGAGAUCCGCCACCACCUCUGGCGCGGCACAGAGUCCACCAGGAUCUUCUGUGGCCACCAGGAGCUCCUGGCCCAGCUGGGGCAGCGGCUCAGACAGGAUGACAGCCGGCCCCAUACGCCGCUGGUUCUCUUCGGGCCACCGGGCAUCGGGAAGACGUCCGUCAUGUGCAAGCUAGCCGAGCAGGUACCAAGGCUCCUUGGCCACAAGACGGUGGCCGUCCUGAGGCUGCUGGGGACAUCCAAGAUGAGCCUGGAUGCCCGAAGCCUCCUCAGGAGCGUGUCCUUUCAGGUGUGCUUGGCCUACGGGCUGCCACUGCCCCCAACCCAGGUCCUGGAGGUCCACGCCAGGGUGGGCCACUUCUUCCACACCCUCCUCCACACUGUGUCUCGGAGGGACUUUGAGUCUCUGGUGCUGCUCCUGGACUCAGUUGAUGAUCUAGAUUCCACACGCCAUUCUCGGAGGGUCUCCUGGCUCCCCCUCAGGUGUCCCCCAAAGGUGCAUCUCAUCCUCUCUACAUGCUCAGGCCAGCAGGUGUUGCACACCCUGCAGCAGACCCUCAAGGACCCCAGCGCCUACUGGGAGGUGAAGGCCCUGUCUGGAUGUCAAGGACAGGAGUUCAUCCAGCUGCUGCUGGAUGCAGAAAGGAGGACGCUGAGCCCGGCUCAGAGGGAUGUCCUCUGGGCCAGCCUCCCAGAGUGCGGCCACCCAGGGCGGCUAAGACUGGCCUUUGAGGAGGCCCGGAAGUGGGCCUCCUUCACUGUGCCAGUGCCCUUGGCCACCACAGCUGAGGAAGCCACUCACCAGCUCUGCAUCCGCCUGGAGGAGACCCAUGGGCAGCUGCUGGUGGCCCAUGUGCUGGGUUACAUUGUGUCUUCCAGGUACGGUCUCUCGGAGGCGGAGCUGAAGGACGUGUUGUCUUUGGAUGAUGAGGUCCUGCAGGUCGUGUACCGGGACUGGACACCGCCCAGCAAGGAGCUCCUGCGCUUCCCACCCCUGCUGUGGGUGCGGCUCCGCCGGGACCUGGGACACUGCUUGACCAGGAGGCCCGUGGAUGGUUGCACACUGCUGGCCAUCGCGCACAGACAGCUGUCCAAGGUGAUCCGGGUUCGAUACCUGUCUGGGCCUGAGAGAUCCAAGAGACACGGCGUGCUAGCCGAAUUCUUCUCUGGAGCCUGGAGCCAGGGCACCAAGAAACUCAUCACCUUGCCCCUCGUGGGGAAGCCCCUAAACCUGGACCGCAAGGUGGCCCCACAGCCACUGUGGUUCUCAGGCACAGUUGCCAACCGGAGGAAGCUGACAGAACUGCCCUUCCAUCUGCUGCACGCGGGCCGCAUAGAGGAGCUGAAGCAGGAGGUGCUGGGGAACAUGAGCUGGAUCUCCUGCCGGAGCAUCUCUGGGGGCAUUGAGGACCUGCUGGAUGACUUUGACAUGUGUGCCCCUCACGUGGACUCUCCUGAGGUCGGUCUGGUCAGAGAAGCCCUCCAGCUGUGCCGCCCUGCUGUGGAGCUCCGGGGCAUGGAGAACAGCGUCCUGUACACCGAGAUCCUGGCCAGGCUCCUUUUCUUUGCUACGUCGCAUCCAGCGAUGAUCGGGCAGCUGUGCCAACAAGCCCAGAGCUGGUUCCGGGCCUGCCCACACCCAAUGCUGGUGCCCCUGGCAGGAUUCCUACAGCCCCCCGGGGGACGGCUUCGGGCUACUCUCACUGGCUGUCACAAAGGCAUCACCGCCGUGGCAUGGAGCCUGGAAGAGAAGCUCCUGGUGGUGGGCACCCAGGACGGCGUCAUGGUCGUGUGGGAUGUGGAGGAACAACAGGUGGUCCAUGUUCUCACGGGACACACAGCUGAGGUGAGGUGCAUUCAAGUGUUUGCCCAAGGGACUCUCGCCGUCUCUGCAUCGAAGGACCGUACCCUGCGUCUGUGGAGCCUGCUCUCUGGCCAGGAGAAAGUCACCAUUUUGGACAGAGGCUCACCAAAUCCCACAGAGCCUCAGAGCUGGGACCUCCACGUGGAUGAGAUAAAGAAAGUCGUAUACCUGACAUCCGGUGCAAAGAUCAACGUGUGGAGUCUGGAAACCGCGAAGCUGGUUUUCUGUGUCCCGGGAGACGCCUCCGAUCCCUGGGCCUGUGUGGCGGUGCUGGCUGCCCAGGGCAUGCUGCUCACUGUGUCCAAGGGUGGCCAGGUCAGUCGGUGGGACUCAGCCACGGGGAAACUGCAGGAGAGACGGCAGUUGUCCAGCAUCCAAGAGGAGAUGCCCACCUGUGCUGUCUCCAUCCAGACACGGGCAAAGCUGGUCGCUGGUUUCAGCAGCGGCUCCAUCUCUCUGGUUUCCUCGGGAGAAGACAGGCUGCUGGAGAAGCUUCCGGAAGCCGUGGGGUUCCUGGUGGUGUCUGCAGACGACUCCGUUCUGGCCGCAGGCUUUGGAAAAUCUGUGCGGAUUUUCUUGGCUGACUCACAAGGCUUCCACCGGUUCAUGGCCACGGAUCUGGAACACGAGGAUGUGGUGGAGACAGCGGUUUUGGGGCCUGAGAACAAUGUGAUCAUCACUGGCUCCCGGGAUGCACUCAUCCAGGUGUGGAGUCUGUCAGAACAGGGGACCCUGCUGGACGUCCUGGAGGGCGUGGGCGCCCCUGCGAGCCUGCUGGUCCGGGGUGGGACUCUGGUGGUGUCUGCGUCCUGCAAGUCUUCAUCUUUAAAAGUCUGGGAUCUCAGGUCCACUCAGAAGCCAAGGUCUCCUGCUCCCUUUCUGGACCGCACAGGCCUGGCUGCCGUGUCCCAUCAUGGCAGCUACAUCUACUUCCCCAAGGUCGGGGACAAAAACAAAGUCACGAUUUGGGAUCUGGCAGAAGGUGAGGAGCAGGAUUCCCUGGACACGUCCAAUGAGGUCCGGUGUCUGGAAGUGGCCGAGCAGGCUAAGCUCCUCUUCACAGGCCUGGUCUCGGGGAUCGUGCUUGUGUUCCCCUUGAAUUCCAGGCAAGAUGUGCUGUGUAUACCCCCGCCCGAGGCCCGCAAAGCUGUCAACUGCAUGUCCCUGAGCAAGAGCGAGGACCGGCUGGCCAUCGCCUAUGACAACAUCGUCCUGGUGCUGGACAUCAGCCCGGGAGAUCCAUGUCCCGCCAUCGAGGGCCCCACCUACACCUUUUACACCCAGCUGCCCGAGACCAUCGCAAGCGUGGCCGUGCUGGCCGACUACCGCGUGCUCUACGGCAUGACUGACGGCGGCCUCUUCCUGUACGACUGUCCACGGUCCAAAGUGUUCCCCCUGGAGGCUCACAGGAGCAGGGUGAGCUGCGUGGAGGUCAGCCACGGGGAGCGGCUGGCAGUGAGCGGAGCCGAGGAUGCCCUGCUCUGUCUCUGGGACCUGCAAGCUUGCAGGGGGAUGUUCGAGAUGAGCUACGAGAGCUCCUACUGCAGAGGGGUGCGGUGUGCCUGCUUCUCCAAGGACGACAAGUACGUUUUCGCAGGCAUGAAGGACCGCUCCAUCAUCGCCUGGAGUGCGCUGGACGGCACCCUGUUGGCUGUCCAGUUUGUCCACGCUGUGGUCAGCCGAAUCAUCCCCACCUCCAAUGGCUUCAUGGCCCCCACGAGCCACGGCUAUCUCAUCAGAGAGCGUUUCCAGUGCCCAUCAGCCAGAGCCUCCCAGCAAGACCCUCUCAGGAACUUCAAGAAGGCAGUGUGGUUGGUCAAGACCAGGCGAAGGGAAGAGCAGGUGGCCGCAGCAGAGGCCUCCCAGGACACAGGAUCAGUGGCCGAGGAGGGAAAGGAAUCGAAAUCAAAUAAGCGCUCACAGGUCUGCCUGAUACUGUGAAGGCCCACGGAGCCCGGGAACGCAGUGGGUUAGACUUGGCUCAUCUGGUUGAUGCAAACUGACCAACUCUGCUGGUGCCAUGUGGACCCCAGACCUCCCUCUGACAUCUUCCAUGCUUCCCACCUCCUUUUCUGUGGGAUUCUCAGACCUGCCCCUCUCAGGUAGCAGCAGCCUGCAUCUCCCACCCUAACCCACGACCUUGGAUCCAAGCCUUGGCUCUGCCUCUGUUGGUCCCAAUGGGCACAGCUCUCAUCCUGAGCCAAUCGCCAGCUCCGGGAGGAUAUGUAAUCACUGUGGGGACCACGAGUGAC